AUGUCCGGGUCCGGGAGCCCCUCACGGGGGAGCCCCUCCCGGUCCCAACGGAGGCCGCUACACGAGCGCUCCAAGUCACAGUCCAACUCCCUCGCCAUUCGCGUUGUGCCAUACAGCCCUCCUCGGCCGAGUCACAAGAACCGAGAUUCGACCGCCUCGGCCGCCUCAUCACGCACUCCCACAUCCACCACCGCUCUUCUCUCACCCAACCCAUCCGAACUUGGGGCUCACGCUAGUUCUUCGAGGGCCGACGACCGGUCCGCCUCAGCCAGCCGCGCCAGCGAUCGCUACUCUCAUCGACGCUCCUAUUCCUCUAGUACCCUAACGUCGGCGCUGUCAUCAGCCUCGUCGACGUUCCCAUUGGUUGCUGCCAAGGACCGUGGUGUUUCAGGCUCGAAACUGCGAUCCGACUCAUCGACCGGAGGCCCGUCUUCCCCCUCUACCCCUGUCCCAACCACUCCACCCCAUCAGACUGAUAAUUCCCGCGUUAAUGCGCGAUCCCAGUCUUCCCAAUACCAAGAAGACGAUGAACCUGUCACACCUUCCGCGAAGCGCCCCUUGUCUCGCCGCCGCAAUCUCAUCACCAUCAACGCGGACGGCAAGACCUUUUCUCUUCUGCCCCUUAAAGGACAGCAGAACAGACAAUCCGCUGGCCAGGGCUCCUCCAGGGCGCCUACUCUGUCCCUCUCCACCACGCCCUCGCAAGAGCGCUUUUCCACGGACGACUCCCACUUCAGCGAAAACCGUCCCAGCUCUACCGUGACUCCGGACCGAAGCUUUUCAGCUACGCUAACCCCGGCAUCCUCGACCACGCAAUUACCUGCCGAUCAUAUUACCAACACCGCCGCCUCCAAUUCGUCCCCCUGGAAUUAUCGCAUGGUCGGUGGCCUACGCAAGGUUCCCAAUACUCCCGAUCUCAAGCAAAAGGGAAAGGCCUCUCUCCUUGACCCUGAACCCGACCCAACCCCAUCACAUCCGUCGUCCCCGUCUGAUUCUCGACUCGCGCCGCUGCCCGAGGCGCCAGCCGCAGACCCAUCUUCCUCCUCGGGACCCCGUGACCUGCAGCCCAAGACGUCCUUUCAAUCGUCUGUCACUGCAUCUACCUCAUCAGACAAGACAAAUUACAAAAUCUACAGUUCCAGCUCCCCCCCUCGGGCCGACACAGAGAGCGUGCUACCGCCGCCGUCAAUAUCUUCCGAAACCUCCAACUACAAGAUUUACAGUUCCAGUUCUCCUCCCCCCAUCCCUGAGAGAGACAGCUCCUUGCCGCCGCCCGCGUCGAGCCACUCCAACUACGACAUUCUCGGUCGAUCAUCCCCCCCAGAGACGUCCUCGGCUGAGCGCAGCCCCCCAAAAACAGCAGACAGCAGCACAGGCAGCAACCAAAACUACGUCCUGUACGGCGAGUCUUCUCCCGCGCCUUCCUCCGUUACUACCGCUCGUCGCGUUCGCUCCGAGUACUCGCAAGAAAGUCUGUUGGUGGCACCGUUGAAGCCACAGAAGGCCAAGAAGAAGUCGGUUGGGAGAUUUGGAUAUUACAAGUCCCGGUCCAGAGACUCUCUCCGACGCGUCGCCUCGAUUAAAUCGAUAUCCAGCACUAAGAGCAUCGAAGCUGCCCAGAAUAUCAUUGCUGCCCCUGUCGCCUUUUAUCGAACGCGUGCUCUGGCUGGCUCAUCCGGACGGCAGCCGGAGGCAACUGCUGAGCCAACCGUCACCGCACCCGUCGUAUCCCACAUGCAAGCUCACCCGCAUCAAUGGAGCUCCCAACUGUCCACGGUCAUGUCGGAGAGUGAGGGCGGAAGCGAGCCGCCGUCGCGCUCCGUCUCUCCCUGGUCCGUCCCGGCAAGACGCGGCAGCCAGCCUCUAAGCAGUCACAGCCGGCAGAUGCUCAGCAUCUCCUCGUCGCUUGCCGGUAACGAAGAACGGUCGCUCUCCCACUCGCGAUCUUUCACGGACUCUCUUGAGCGCCCUCAACCCACUCAUAGUCGCGGAGGUACUCUUCGUCUGGUCAGCGACCAAGAUGAGCAUGGUGAUGGGCUAACCGAGCUUCACCAACUCAACCAACGCCCCUCGCGGACCCGCCUUUCGAGUUUCUUCUCCAAUACGUCGUCGGACCGUAAUUUGCAUUCUUCCGGCAGCUCGCGGGCGAACAGCUUCAACUCGGCAUCGCUCCCGACUUGGGCCAAGUUUUACUACGGGAGCGGCGAAAGAAGAUUCCUGGCCAGCUCUUCCGGCUCGAUCAUGACUGAUCCCAACGACAGCCGUCCACCUAGCUCGUACAACAACAGCCGCUCGCCGAGCGCCGAACAUCUUCCUCUCGGCAUCUACAGCCAACGCCGGCGGCCGAGGGAAGUCAACCCCCUAGGCCCUGGACCAACGUCGGACUCCGCCUCCAUGGAAAUCAACCAGGUGGCAAUGGACAACCACCUGCGGCCCGGCCUACGGAAGAAGACAUCGAGCAUCUGGUCGCCACAUUUGCGCCGCGACCAAAGAGCUGGCCGUUAUAGUAUCUGGGAGCCUCCUUCCGUGACAUGGUCCGCAGAAAACAGCCUUCUCGGCAAACGUAAUAUGCAGGUCGCUCUUUUUGCUGCCGGCUUCAUUCUGCCCUUCGCAUGGAUGAUCGCUGCCUUUCUGCCUCUACCACCUGAUCCGCACGCCGAGAUGGAAGAGCGCGACCACCGAUCGAGCCUCCUUGACGAAGAGAGAGACCUGCCACGCCGCGUGGCAGCGAUUGACGAGACACUGUUCCAGAGCGCCCGUUGGUGGCGCGCGCUAAAUCGCUACAUGUCCGUCAUCGGCCUAGUCGUCGUCGGAGCUAUCGCCGCCCUGGUUGUCGUCGGUGUAAAGCAGGGAUGGGGGCAGAUCUCAUGA